AUGGGUUGGAUAAUUUUUGUUACAAAUGUCCAUGAAGAAGCGCAGGAGGAAGAUGUAAAAGAUCUCUUCAAAGAUUAUGGAAAUGUAUUAAAUAUGCAUUUAAAUCUUGAUCGACGAACUGGCUACUUUAAAGGUUAUGCAAUUGUUCAAUUUGAGACGCAAAAGGAAGCAGCUGAUGCUAUUGCUGGAUUGAAUGGCUAUGACUUUCUUGGUCAAGAAUUAUCAGCCGAUUGGUGCUUUGUUAAGGGAGGUCGUGACAAGAGACGUUAA